ACGAUGUAAAGUAUUAUAUGACACAUGUGAAUGCUAAAGAAGUAUUUGUAGAUGAUGUACGAUAAACAUCAUGUAUCAUCAACCACUAACCUAAGCAUUGUUCAAACAAAGGCUGGCAAUUUUUGUUUAAUAGUUGAAUUUGUAGUUUCCCUCUGAUUUUCUGCGAUUGGUUGCCAAUUUAUAAGUUUCGCUCUCCUGAGCGGAAGAAUGACGGAUUCCGACUUCCCCGUGAAGUGAAGAAAAGAGGAGAAGAGCGGUGGAAGGACAGCCUCAUUGCGCAAUUCAUGGGUGAUCCGCCGAAGCCGGUGGCUCUCCAACAGUGGGCAACUAGUCUCUGGGGAAGGGAUGGGCCAGUUCGGGUUUCCAAAUUCGGCCCUCAAUUGAUGGUUUUCCAAUUUCCCUCGACUUCCAUAAGUCGAUGGGUUCUCCGAUCAGGCCCUUGGCAAUUCCAGGGCAACCCUGUAUUUUUUCGGAAGUGGUCACCAGGCAUCCAGCCUAUGCAACCGGAGUCAGAGACGCUCCCGAUUUCGGUGAAGAUUUGGGGGAUUCCCCUCGAGUACCAUUCAGUGGAAGGGUACGAGUGGAUAGCCAGUACAAUUGGUCAACCGUUGUGGAUGGAUCAGUCGACUCGGACUGGUGGGAAAUUAGGGUUUGCGAAGGUGUGUCUGGACCUUGCUGCAGAUUGCGGAUUUCCAGAUAAGGUGAAGCUCUAUCCAGACGAGGACCCUUCGUUUGAGGUAGAGGUGGAAUACUUGAAUAAACCUAUCAUUUGUGAACGUUGUUCGAUCUAUGGUCAUGAUUGUGAUUGGCUUAGCAAGCAGGGGAAGAAGUGGGUGCCUAAGAUGAAGGCUGAGGAAGUAGAAACAGUUGAUGGGGGUGCUGGUUCAGUGGAAACUGUGUCAGAGGUGCAGGUUGGUCAGUCACAUGAAGGUUCAGAUGUUCCCUCUGAGAAUGGUCUAAUCUUGGACAAGGGUACUUCUCUCUCCCCAUCAAUUGGGAGCUCAUCAGUGAGUUUUGUGGAUGCAUUGAAAGGGCCAUCAAGGAAUCCUGGGAGCUCUUCCAAGCUUCUGCAGGUGGCUGCUCUAGUUAACUCACCAGAGUCCUCUGGGAGGUUAACUCAACAGUCAACUCAUGUUGGGAAGGAGAACAACCCCUGGAUACCAGUUGAGAGCCAGAAGUUGAAAAAGAAGCCUGAUCCACCAUAUGUUCCCCCAGCAAAAAGAGGUGGAAAAGGAGGAAAGAAGAGAUGAAGAUUUUAGUCUGGAACACAAGGGGAUUUAAGGAUAGUAGUAAGAAUAAAGCUGUACAGCUUAUAGUCAAUAAAAAACAAAUAGAUAUAGUAGCUAUUCUAGAGCCAAGAAUAAGGAAGCAAGAGUCUGAGGAUUUGAUACACAAGAGAUUCCCUGAAUGGGGAAGUGAGGUGGUGCAUAAUUCAUCUAGGUUGGGGAAAAUAUGGCUUCUGUGGAGGCAGGAUGUCCAGCUCACUAUUCUGGAUAAGUCAGAUCAGUUUAUACAUGUGAUGGUUAAUUCAGGUAUUCCCUUCUUUGCUACUUUUGUCUAUGCUUCUAAUGAGGAGGUCGAUAGAAGGCGUCUGUAUAGGGAUUUGGUUAAGUUACGAAUUUCUCAGUUGCCUUGGGCCAUUUUGGGUGAUUUCAAUGCUAUUAAUGACCCUAGUGAGGCUUCUAAUAACCCUGCUUUUAAUAGUAGUAUGGAAGAGUUUAAAAAUUGGCAGGACCAGUCUGAGUUUAUUGAGCAUAAAUCAGUAGGUCCCUG